AUGGCUUUAUUCGGUCUUGCGUCUUCGGCUUUAGCAGGAGGUUACCGAGUAGCUUUACAAGGUGUUCGUCAAGCAGCUUUAGGAGGGACUUCUGCUACACAAACACAUGAUGCUUCAGUGGCAUUUUAUAAUCCAGCUGGUUUAGCUUUUGUUAAAAGUAAACUGAGUAUUGCAGUAGGUGGUUUUGGUGUGCAAACAGACGUUAAAUGGCAAGAUGCAACAACAAUGCAAAAAGCUAAAACAGAUAGUAAAUUAGGAACACCAAUGUACCUUGCAGUUAGUUAUAAACCUUUAGAUGAUUUGGCUAUUGGUGUUAGUGUUACAACUCCAUUUGGAAGUUCAGUUACAUGGCCAGAUGAUUGGCAAAAUAAAUCUAAUAUUACUCAUAUAGAUUUAAAAGCAUUUAAUAUUCAACCGACUGUAGCUUAUAAAUUUACAGAUUGGUUUAGUAUUGGUGUAGGUUUUAUAUACACACAUGGAACUGCUAAAUUAGAGAAGGUUCAAACUGUUGCGGGUAAUGAUAUAAAAUUAAAACUAGAGGAUAAAAAUGCACAUGGAUUAGGAUUUAAUUUUGGAGCAAUGUUUAAGCCUACAGAUAAAUUAGGUAUAGGUUUAGCUUACCGUUCUAAUGUAGAUGCGAAAGCAAAUAAAGGAGAUGUAACUUGGAGUAAUUUGCCUUCAGGGAUAGCUUCUAAUGUUCCAUUUAUACUGAAAUGA